GCUCUCCCAGCCCGUCCAGCCAGCUCGGGUCCAGCGGGUCCAGCAUUCCAGCAGUGACAGAUGUCAAUGUUCAGCAGAGAAGGGUGAUCAAGGUCUACCAGGCUUGGCAGGACUUCCAGGACAGAAAGGCGAUCAAGGAGACAAGGGAGAGACCAGGAAAGAUGGGUUCCCUGGAAACUCAAGCCAGAAGGGUGACCAGGGUGGUUCUGGCUCACCAGGUCUGGAUGGUAUUCCUGGACAGAAGGGGGAGGCAGGAUCAAACGGGUCUAAGGGGAUCGAUGGAGCAAUGGGUGAGAAGGGACCAGCUGGGGAGCCUGGUGCGGAGGGGAAACCUGGGAUAAAUGGUUUGAAAGGAGACUCAGGUCCUAUUGGCCCCAAAGGUGAUCAAGGCGAUAUGGGUCUUCAAGGUCUGCCUGGUCUAAGUGUGGAGAAAGAGGGACUCAAGGGAGAUCAGGGAUCCCCUGGGUUGCCAGGUCAGACGGGGGCUCUAGGCAAAGAGGGAAAAAGGGGUCGUCGAGGGAAGACGGGGGAACCUGGACCCAGAGGCCUGUCUGGGGUGAAGGGUGACUCUGGAAUCCCAGGAGACAAAGGAGAUCAAGGUGAUCCGGGUCAGCCUGGUGGAGACGGAGCCUCUGGGAUGAAAGGACAGAAGGGGGAAGAAGGCCAGAGAGGACCACCAGGACUGGAAAUGACAGCUCAUGGACUGAGACAUCUGUCUGGCUCUGAGGCUGAAUCAGGAGACAAGGGCCAGAAAGGAGAAAUGGGUGAUCCAGGUAAAGAAGGUCCUCGUGGACUCAUCGGACUCCCAGGGAUUGCAGGAGAGACGGGAUCGUCGGGGGACCAGGGACCACCUGGUAGAGACGGUCUGAAAGGAAACAAGGGGGACUCUGGAGAUGUGAUGGGACCCCAGGGCCUGCCUGGACCCAAGGGAGAGCCUGGAGAGCCAGUAGCUGAACAUCUGGGAGAGGGGAUGACAUCUGGACCCAGAGGAUCACGAGGGCCAAAGGGUGAGCGUGGCGUCCCUGGUGUACCAGGAGACCUAGGGGAGAAAGGAGAGCCUGGUCUGGGCGUUGAAGGACCUCCUGGCCCCAUGGGACAGAGAGGAGAGAGAGGAUUUGAGGGCCCUCGUGGACCCUCUGGUUUCUCAGGCCCUGCUGGGACCCCGGGGAGAGAGGGAUCCCCUGGUCGAGAAGGUCCCCCAGGUCCUCCUGGCCCCCCGGGUCAACCAACUGCCUUGCCAAUGGUCGGAGAUAUGAGCUCUUUACUCAAGAAUGCCUGCACCGUGUGCCAGACCAGAGUGCCAGGUCUGCCUGGGCAGAAGGGCGAGCAGGGAACCCAUGGAGCGACAGGAGUGCAAGGCAUGGUGGGAGAAAAGGGGGAUCCAGGAGUGCGAGGACCUCUCGGUAAUCCAGGGAAAGAAGGUCCAAAGGGGAUGAAAGGAGAGAGAGGAUUCCCUGGGCCUGGUGGGGACAAAGGAGACGAGGGCUCUCCUGGAGUUCCAGGCAUUCUGGGUACAACCGGCCGUACUGGAGCCCCUGGCGUCAUGGGCAGACCUGGGCCAAUGGGUCAGCCUGGAACAAAGGGAGAUCGGAUUAAAUCUACAAAGGGAUUCAAUUAG